AGCGCGUGGUCACUAAACUUGAUACCGGCAAGAUCCGGAUGUCCGGUAAAAUCCUUAAUUCUUCGCAGCUUCCCGGGCGACUUUUUCACUUUUUGAGGUUGGGACACCUCAGCAGCGAUAAACCUCCAACUUCGCGCAGUUGUCUCGCUCCAGCGUGCUCAAUGGCCGGACAGGGGACGCGGGCUCCGAGAACACCCGUCGGCGCCCUUGGAGCGUUGCUGCUGCUGCUGCUCCUCUGCGCCGCCCUGUCGCCGGACUCGGUGGGGGGAGCGGCGGGCCGGGACUACUACGAGCUGCUGGGGGUGGGCAGGGACGCCACCACCCGCCAGAUCCGACAAGCCUUCAAGAAACUGGCUCUCACCAUGCACCCCGACAAGAACCCCGGAGACGCGACGAGCCACGACAAGUUCCUGCAGGUCAACCGAGCCUACGAGGUCCUGAAAGACGAGGACCUGCGCAAGAAAUACGACAAGUACGGCGAGAAGGGGCUGGACCAGGCUGGAGGGGGCCGAUACGAGAGCUGGAACUACUACCGCUACGACUUUGGCAUCUACGACGACGACUCUGAGAUCAUCACGCUGGACACUGGCGACUUUGAGGCGGCAGUGAAUUCCGGAGAGAUCUGGUUCAUCAACUUUUACUCCCCGCGGUGUUCACACUGUCACCAGCUCGCUCCCACGGUAACGCCGAUAUCCGACACGCAAGCACGCACACGUACGCACCCGAAAAGUCAUGUUUUGUGUGUGUGUGU